CUACCGUAGACACUUCGGUGGAAACGGCCCUCUUUUAAAGUUCCUGGGCUAAGAGUGAAGGGACCCGGACAGACCCAAGGAAAGGGGCCAAGACUGAGUUCAGAGGAUAUAUAUUUUCACAUUCCUCAUCCCAGGAGGAUUGUCGUUAAAGUGAACACAAGGUGCAACACGGAAAACCAAGGUCUUGACUGCCCGAGAACGUCAGAAAAUAAAGAAAAUGGCGGAGCCAGACAAAUUAAACAUCGACUCGAUAAUUCAGCGUCUCUUGGAAGUCAAGGGCUCUCGGCCAGGGAAGAACGUCCAGCUGACAGAAAGUGAGAUCCGUGGCCUUUGCUUAAAGUCCCGCGAAAUCUUCCUGAGCCAGCCAAUCCUGCUUGAGCUAGAAGCUCCCCUCAAAAUCUGUGGUGAUGUCCACGGUCAGUACUAUGAUCUGCUUCGGCUGUUCGAAUAUGGAGGCUUCCCCCCAGAAAGCAACUACCUGUUCCUGGGUGACUACGUAGACAGAGGGAAGCAGUCACUGGAGACUAUCUGCCUCCUUCUAGCCUACAAGAUUAAAUAUCCAGAGAACUUUUUCCUGCUGCGUGGAAACCAUGAAUGCGCCUCUAUUAAUCGAAUCUAUGGCUUUUAUGAUGAGUGUAAGCGACGGUAUAACAUUAAGCUGUGGAAGACGUUCACAGACUGCUUCAACUGUUUACCCGUGGCUGCGAUUGUAGAUGAGAAAAUCUUCUGCUGUCAUGGAGGCCUCUCUCCUGAUCUUCAGUCUAUGGAGCAGAUCCGCAGAGUAAUGCGACCCACAGAUGUGCCUGACCAGGGUUUGUUAUGUGACUUGCUGUGGGCCGAUCCAGACAAAGAUGUGCUGGGCUGGGGUGAAAACGACCGCGGUGUCUCCUUCACAUUCGGGGCAGAUGUGGUGGCCAAAUUUUUGCACAAACACGACAUGGACCUAAUAUGCAGGGCGCACCAGGUGGUAGAGGAUGGUUAUGAGUUUUUCGCAAAGAGGCAGCUCGUCACCCUAUUCUCGGCUCCCAACUACUGCGGAGAGUUUGACAACGCCGGUGCCAUGAUGAGUGUGGAUGAGACACUCAUGUGCUCCUUCCAGAUUCUGAAGCCAGCAGAUAAGAAAUUGUAUCCUUACGGUGGAGGGGGAGGAAUGGGGUCUGGGAGACCGGUCACCCCGCCACGAAAUUCAGCCAAGUCCGCCAAGGCCAAGAAAUAACACCCGCCGGUUCCCCCUCCCACAACCUGCCACCCCCCUGUCGGCCCAACGCUCUUUUUUUCCUCUACCUCCCAAACUUGUUUCUCCCUCGUCACCAAAUGGCAACAAAGCAGACAAGUGUCCAGGGUUCAAUCAUGUUUUUUCUCUCUAAAAUUAUUUUUAACUGUUUGUUUGGCUGUUUGUGUGCACUUUUUUGUGUGAAUGUGAAAAAAAAGGAAAGUGAGGAUGAUACAGAGGAAACUGCUGUAUUGUGUAUGUAUGUUUUUUUUUCUUCCUCCUGUACCCUCUGUUCUGUUUUCCUGUCUUUUUUUUUUCGUAGAGAUGGGUUCUUGUGCAUCCAUCAUGUAAUUUCAAACCCGGGUGCAGGGGAAGAGGGGAAGGGGGAGAGAAAGAGGAGCUUUAGCUGUUUAUGUUAAGGCCCUGCACUGUUUAAUGCUAAACACAACCUUUUGUACAUCCUGUUUUAGAGGUCUGUGUAUG